CUGUGGUUUGCUGAGGAGGGGAUUAGGAAAUGUGUCUCAGCUGGAAGUGACCGCGGCUGAGCUACCGAGGGUUACAAGCGCUGAUCAUCGCGUCCCUGCAGAGAGAUCCGGUGUAGGAGAUGCGAGCGGCGCUGCGCCUGGCAGUAGUGGCAGUCCCCAUGGGUGUGCUGCUGUCCCGGACAAUGGCGUGGAUGUCCAGCGGCAAAACACAUCCAGAGCUCAUCAGCAGGCUAAGGGAUCAUGGCGUGAUCCAGAGUGACAGAGUGUUCAAUGCCAUGCUGGCUACUGACAGAGGACUCUACUCGAGGGACUAUCCCUAUGCAGACUCUCCCCAAUCCAUAGGCUACAGGGCAACCAUCAGUGCACCACACAUGCAUGCUCAUGCUUUGGAGCUGCUAAGUGACAAACUAACUGAAGGAGCGUCCGCACUGGAUGUAGGCUCAGGAAGUGGAUAUCUCACCGCCUGCUUUGCAAGAAUGACAGGGCCCACGGGUAGAGUGGUUGGCAUUGAACACAUCGACGAACUGGUUCAGAUGUCAAUCAAAAAUGUUCAAGCUGACAACCCGGAGCUGCUGUCCUCUGGACGCAUCAAACUAGUUGUGGGAGAUGGAAGACUCGGCUACCCAGAUGGAGCACCGUAUGAUGCCAUUCAUGUUGGUGCAGCUGCAGCCACUGUUCCUAAGGCUCUCUUGGAGCAGCUGAAACCAGGUGGGCGGUUGGUUCUCCCAGUGGGCCCUGAUGGUGGCAGUCAGGUGCUAGAGCAGUAUGAUCGGCAGAGUGACGGGAGCUUCCUCAAGAAAGCUUUGAUGGGAGUGGUUUAUGUCCCCUUGACUGACAAGAGGCACCAGUGGCCUGGAGGUGAGCUCUGACUGCAGUGUGGUUGCCCUUGCAGGAGGUGGCGUUGGUGCUGCGUCUCCGAGGCCCUGUAACACCUCUUAUAUUUCAACUGAGCUUCUGUCUUAAGGACCACCUGCUCUGCUAGGUUGUCACCUAGCAACAUGAAAGGAGGCUCUUGCUCUGUUUGCCUGGCCAGAUUGUCUUCCAAGGGCGAUAAAACAUUGAGUGACUGAAUAAGUCUCCACCGGUCUACUGAUUAGCCUCUUCCCAGAAUCCUGUGAUUCAUUUAGAGUGAUGCAAGUACAGUAGAUCACAGGGAGGGGGGGAGGCUGUACACAGUAUUAUUUCUGGGGAAGUUUUUGAAGUGUAAUAAUGGGUUUGUUGAGAUUACAGCAUGAAAAGCUCUAAGAUGUGUGAAUGCUUGUGCUGAUUUCAGAUGGAUGGUAAAAUUGUGUGUGGGAAUGAUUUGGAUACAUAUGCAGUAAUACUUGCAAAAGUUCAAACCUGGGAAUUUUAAUAAACGUUUAGCAAAUUGACAAAGUAAUAUAUUUUUGUGGGAAGAAUGCUUCUUACUCAUUUAACAAUAUAAUGUGUGUGCAGAAUAAAUCACAUGUGACACUGUAAUUAUAGAGCAGAGUUAGGAAGUUGUGCCAAAACAUAAUAAUCUGAUACAUUUUUGGAAUAAUACAAGUAACGUAAUCCUAUGUAAAUAUUGGAUUUAAUAAUAAAAC